AUGGCUUCUCUCGAUUCCAACGUUAUGAUUCAACCUACCAUGUCUCCCCACCAACAUGUGGCGGAUGAUAAUAAAUCCAUGCAAGACAUUUUUGACUUUUCAAGUUCUUCCUCCAUGAUGCCAGGCAACGUUAACCUGCAGCAAAGUCCCAUUCGUAUCACUCGUAUGUUUGACAUUCGUCGGGUCCUGAACAGCGAAGAAGAGCUCCGAUUGUCCUUUGAUGUUCCUGCUGGUAUCUCUGCCAGUGACCUUAAGGUUCAGAUUCAGCAUGACAAGGAACUUCACCCUGAGAUCUACACUCUGAGGGUCAUGGGCAACAACACCAACGCCCACACCACCAACAACCAUAGCAAGACUUUCCCACUCAAUGCCAAGUCAGUGAACUUGUUCAAAGUCAAAGCUGUCCUUGAUAGCAGGAACAAUGUUCUCCGUGUCAUUGCUCCCAAGAAGCAGCAAGAACCGCAAGAGUUUGCCAAUAGCAGCAGCAACACUUUGGUAGCCAUGGCAGUGGAAGCUCUACAGGCAAUAUCUCUGAGUGUAUCCAACUAUGCUUCUUGGAGCAGCAACGAUCCUGAUCAAAUUCUUCGAGAAGUCCCCAUUGUGGAUGACAACAUGAUGGCUUGCUAG